UUACCAAAUAUGUCGCUGGAGGAUACAAAACAAUCGCCGUUCCAACGUCAACGGAAUAUUUUAUAUUUGAUUUCACAAUAUCUAUCGAAUUUUGGUUUAAAACAAACCAAAUCAGCUUUAUGGAAUGAGGCCAGCUUAUCGUCUGAAUGCAAAAUUUGCGACAAUAUCGAUUUAGAUACCAUUUAUUUGGAUUUCUGUAGUUAUUAUCAUUUGAGAUUCGGUAAGUUGCCAAAAAUUUUGAAGAGAGUCGAAGUUGAAUGGAAUGAAACAAAAGGGAAAAUCAACAAAAGCAGAGGCGCUGAUUCGAAUUCAAAUAAAUCAUCGGAAGAACACCAGAAAAAAGUGAAAAAAGAACCAUCCGAGCAUAGCACAGAUAAUCUUGUUAUUAAAAGUUCACUUUCAAGUGCUGGCGAAGCGUAUAACCAUGAAAAGCACUCUGAAACCAAUUCCACCGUUGAUAAGUACCGCAAAGGUGUUGAUAUGUUUGAGCAUCUUUCCGGUGAAAUGCGCGAUUUGGCAUGUGUCAUUGAGAGACAAAUCGUAAGAACGGACAAUCAAAUCAAGUGGAAUGAUAUCCAAGGAAAUGAUCAUGCUAAACAAAUUUUGGUGGAAAGUGUAGUGUUACCGCUGAAAUUUCCGCACUUAUUCACUGGAGUGACGAAGCCUUGGAAAGGAAUUUUAUUACAUGGUGUAUCGGGUGUCGGCAAGUCUCUGCUGGCAAAGGCAUUGAAUUCAGAAACAUUUGACGCAAUUACAUUUUUCAAUAUAUCUGCCAGUACACUGAUAUCCAAAUGGCGUGGCGAAUCGGAGAAGUAUGCUAAGGUAUUGUUCACCAUGGCAAAAUCUUGUGCACCAUCCAUCAUUUUUAUCGAUGAAUUUGAGUCGUUGGCCUCUCAUCGAGACUCACCAAAUGACCAUGAAGCUACAAAACGCUUUAAAAAUGAGCUCCUUAUCCAGAUUGACGAAUUGGAUCUGUGUACUGGAAAUGUGUUGGUGUUGGCAAAUUCAAAUUUACCAUGGGAAAUUGAUGAGGCAUUUUUGCGUCGAUUCGAACGAAAAAUCCUUAUUGAUCUUCCAAAUGAUGAAAAUCGUGGUAAUAUAAUAAAUCAAUUGCUACCAAUAACAAAAGAUUGGCCGAUCAACAAAAUGAAACACUUGAUUGGAGCAAGCGAAGGUUUUACCGGUGCCGAUUUGAAAAUUGCAUGCAAAGAAGCCUCGAUGAUACAAAUACGAAACAAAUUGAAAUCAUAUAAUAAAUCAAUUGAAAAAGUGCCCGAAGUAGUAUACGAAGAUCUGUUGUCAUCGAUAAAACAAGUUAAACCUUCAAUGGAAGAAUCGGCAGUGAAACAUCAAAAAUGGCAUUCAAAAUACAGAAAUCAAAAUGAAUAA